CACCAAUCUAUUCCAUAGGUCUCAUUCCGGAUUCUAUGAUCGCCGACCAUACACACCACACAUAUUCCUGCGAGUGCCAAGCCCAUUUCUAUACACACCAUCCAGACAAUGUAUAUGCACCCAGCCCACAACCCUCAACUAACCCCCUGCAAUCCCAAAUCGUGUCCUAUCCCAAAAACGAUCAUCAAACCUCAACACCAAGAUCUCAAAAUGCAUUCCCCCCCCCAAAAAACCCCAAUCCAACCAGACCCCAAUCCCAAGCCCAUCAACCACAAAACUCGAUAGAUCACAUCCUCCAGGCCGCCGAUACACAAUCUAAUCAACCGUACACGUACACGGCCGAUCACGCACGCACGCACGCACGCACGGAACCACCCCAGAGUCUAGAAUCUAAAAUAGAUAGAUACAUCCCACAAGCCCAUCUAGAACAACCCCUAGGUAGUCUACCUGUAUCCACAACAAAUCGAUUCAUCCUGCCAACACCUACCGAAAACCAGGAAAUGUCAACCUGCUAAAAAAAGUAAGCAAAGCAAAGAGAACACGGGAGCCGAUCGCCGCACGCUUGAAGCAGCUAGACUAGCUAUCUACAGUCCGGUACGGUCCCGAUAUGCUUCUAGACGCCUACUAGAACGCGCUAGAAGGUGGCACUCGAUCUAUCGAGUUGUUGAUCUGGGAUACAGGCGGUAGCGUGUUUGGGCUUGAUUUCGAUCGGAUCGGAUCGCAUUGGAUUGGGUUAUGGGUCUAGGAAUAGGAAAGGGGUUCUGUUGGCGGGUGGUUGAUUGUGGGAGGGAGUGGGGUGGGUUGCUUUUUACUUUGUUUUGGGCGGUGCUUGUGUAGUACCUGGUUCUAUAGCUGGGGGUAGUAAGGAAGGGGAU